AGAGCUGAGAUGACGUCUAUAAAAACGGAAAUGAAAGCUGAGCCAAAGAUAUCUAAAAUGACAAAUAAAGGGUAUACUAUUGACGUGGUUGAUCCGCUCGCUUCUCGAGCACAGAAGGUAGGGGCCUGGUGCAGAGAUGGAACAGAUGAGGAUGACGAGAACUUUGAAAGUGAUGAUCAGUUGGAACACAUGUUAGGGCCUGUUUAUAUGAAGGUGGGAGACCUCAGGUAGGUGAGGUAACCCGCGCCUGGGUGGGAUGCCCGGUCUGUUGGGGAGGGUAGCCCUGUCAGUCGGGGUGACAAUUUAGCAGCCGUAACUGAGCCUGGCAAACUACCAUGUAAAAAAAUCAUCCAUACUGUAGUUCCUAUGUGGAAGAGAUCAGAUUAAGAGAAAUGCAAGAGCGCUCUAAAAAUGGCUUGUUUGAAAAGUCUCGCGGCAGCCGCAAGCAACAAGAAGUGCAAGUCCAUUGCCUUUCCAGCGAUCAGGUCAGUACUCUUUGGCAUGCCGAAAGAGAUCAGCGCAAAAGUUAUGUUUGAAACCGUGAAAGAAUAUAUCACGCGAGGAGAUCCAUCAAAGGCGAUUUUGACCAAUAUUAGAUUUGUGAUUAUCGAUGAUCCGACGGUGAAAGUGUUCAAGAAAGAAUUCAUUGAGUUCUUCCAAAUCCAAAAAGAUCAGUCUCUGACGGCUGACCCAACGGCUUCCAAACCUCCAAGGUCAAAACGGAGGAAGAAGAAAGGAAAAAAUGGGGCAAAUGAUGUGAAUUACCCUUUGACUUCACAGGGCGAUUCCUACUCAAAGUCUUUCAGCAAUGCAAUAACACGUAACAGACGCGGGGACGCACUUAACGGAAAGAGUCCUCCGGUAGGACCAUCUGAAGGUCACGACACGAUAGUCAUUGAAUACAGCUUUCAGUCAGGAAUUCAAGGAAAGGAACAUCCUCACCCCGGGCAGCGGUUUGGAGGCACGACUCGCCAGGCAUAUCUUCCCGACACGCGUGAAGGAAGAGAGGUGUUGCAGCUUCUGAGGAGAGCCUUUGAUGCUCGCUUGAUGUUUACCAUUGGUACGUCAAAUACUACAGGCCUUCCAAAUCAAAUAACUUGGAAUGAUAUUCAUCGCAAGACUAGCUUGAGUGGAGGAACAUUUGCGUUUGGAUAUCCAGACCCAGAUUACCUGAGGAGAGUCAAAGAGGAGUUGGCUGCCAAAGGAAUCCGCUGACUAAAGCAUCGGAUCUGAUUGCUUAUUAUUGAACUGUGUUUAACGGAG